GCCAGGCCGGCGCCCGGCCCCCCCCUUCCGGCCGCCCCCUGCCGCCUGGCCCACGCCCGCCCGCGCUCGGCCCGCCAGCGCCUCCAUCGGGCUGGCGGCCCCGCGUCGACGUCGCCCGCCGCCUCGCUGCUGACUCCCGUUCCGGGCGCCGUCGGCGGGGCCGCGCUCCGCCGGGCCUGCGGAUCCCCAGCCGCCUCCUCGUCCAUCUACCUCAACGCCCGUCCCCGCUUCGCCCGAGGAGGCGGUCCCCCCCGCAGGCAGUCCGGCUCGCAGGCCGCCGGCGUGGUCAUCCCCCCCGCGCGCUCCCCGUCCCGGCCCUCCCCCGGCGCACUGCCGCGGACCCGCUCCCUCUCCACGCUGCGCCCCGAGCGGUCCCGGCGCCGCCACCGCUGCGCCCUCCCCGAGGCCCGGGCUCACGACGGCAGAGGGCUCCGUCGGCCCUGACCGAGCUGGGUGCCCGCGCCCGGGGAAACCUUCUCCUCUCCGUCCCCCUCCGCACCGUCCCCGGCCCCCCGACGUGGCGCCCUGCCCUUGGCUUCUCUGGGCACCCCAUUCCCUCUCUACUGCCUCUCACCCCGGCCCCCGUCUUCUCCCGCUGCCUUCCCUUCGCUCCCUCCCGGCCCCCCCAGCCCCGCGCCUCCGACGCCCUCCCCACUCCACGUCCGCCCCCUGCCCCCGCCGGCCCCACGCGGGCCGUUUCUUGUUCUGUUUCUCUUGUAGCUGUCCUCACCCGCUGUGCUCCUGCCCGCCUCUCGCUGUCCCAUCUCCAGCUCUCGCCCCGCUCUUCGGCCCCCCCCCCGCUUACGUUCACCCUGUCUCUCUCUCUGUCUCUGCCCCCUUCUGUCCUGCGUACAACAGGUGACCUCAUUUCCCGACACCUUUUCCCCCCUAAAAAGUACAACAUCUGGCCAGCCCCAGCCCCAAGACGGCCCGUCCUCCCUAAGCGACGAGAAGCAGUCCCAUCCCCACCACGAAGCCAUCUCCCCGUUCGGCCCCGUCGCCCAUUCGGCCCCCGCGACGCGUUCCCGAGCGGCGCUGGCAGAGGAGUGCCGGCAGGAGGGCCAGGGCCCGCUGUCCGGUUCGCGACACGCAGCAGGGAGGUGGGCGGUGGUGGUGCCGGCUUUCAGCAGGCACCGAUGGGGAUCCCCAUGGGGAAGUCGAUGCUGGCGCUUCUCACUUUCUUGGCUUUUGCCUCGUGCUGCAUUGCUGCUUACCGCCCCAGCGAGACCCUGUGUGGCGGGGAGCUGGUGGACACUCUCCAGUUUGUGUGUGGGGACCGCGGAUUCUAUUUCAGCCUUCCAGGCCGGCCAGCCAGUCGCGCGACCCGCCGCAGCCGUGGCAUUGUGGAGGAAUGCUGCUUCCGUAGCUGUGACCUGGCCCUCCUUGAGACCUACUGUGCCACCCCCGCCAAGUCCGAGAGGGAUGUGUCUGCCUCUACGACCGUGCUUCCGGACAACCCCCCCAGGUACCCCGUGGGCAAGUUUUUCCAAUAUGACACCUGGAAACAAUCCGUGCAGCGCCUGCGCAGAGGCCUGCCUGCGCUCCUGCGUGCCCGCCGCGGUCACCAGCUGGCCAAAGAGCUGGAUGCCCUCCGGAAGGCCAAGCGUCACUGGCCUCUGCCAGUCCAGCCCGAAGACCGCACCCACGGGGCAUCCUCUCCAGAAAUUCCCAGCCAUCAGAAGUGAACCAAAUUGUGAUUCUGCA